AUGUCUCCUACGCUUCCAACCCCCGCCGACGGGACUUCUACUCCAGAAGAUGGAACGACUCUACUAUCCCUAGACGAUGGCGAACAAUACAACUCUGAAGAAGACUCCGACUUCGAUAUCAACGCCCCCGCUGAAGACGAAGAAGAGGACGCAACCGAUGCAGAGCCCGAUGGUCGGCCGCGCAAGCGAAGAAGGGUAACUCCCACCCGAGUGCGAGACGAAGAUGGUGAUGAAUAUGUUGUUGAAGGUGCGCUAGACUCCGGCGACGAAGCUACGAUUCGAAAAGCGAAGGAGAAAAGAGAGAAAAGGCGGAGGAAGGGAAAAAAGGUAGCCGGAGACCAAGAGAGGGAUGGGAAUGAGGAUGAGGAUGAGGAUGAGGAUGACUUUGACUUUGAAGACGAUGACGAAGGCGGUGGAAGAGGAGGAUUCGUGAGGACAAGAGCUAUGAAGAUGAAGAUGCAGGAGGAGCAGAAGCCUCUGGCGAGAAUAGAUGGUGCCACGGUCGAUGUCGAUGCGCUAUGGGCCCAAAUGAAUGCGCCCGACUUUGGAAAGGAAUCGACACCCUCGAUGCAGGAGAAACAAUCGGCAAGCGAAGACGCCUCCACAGAAACCUUGGAAGAUGGCAAGGCUUCUAACCUUCACCUUCCGCCAAAGACACCCGCGAGAGGAGCGGCCCACCCGGGCGAAGAAACUAUCACAAUCAAACGAACCUACAAAUUCGCCGGAGAAGUGAUAACAGAGAAAAAAGUAGUCCCGAAAAACUCCGCAGAAGCGAAAGUCUACUUGUCGUCCUCGGACGCAACAAAAGAUAACGCAAAAGACGAUCAACAGAACGACGAGGCACCGAAAGCAAGCCCCCUUCCACUCCGCAGACCCCUUCGGCGCUACUCUCGCUUCGACCCAAAUCCGCCACAAACGUAUAGACGAAGCUGGGUGAAGACGUCAGCGUCGCAAAUAUCCCCAAUGAUGAAGGAGCAGCGAGAUGCCACCACGCCGGUUGCGGGACCUAAGUUGAACACCGUGAUGAAGUCGAAACUCGAUUGGGCUGCGUAUGUGGAUAAAGAAGGGAUCAAAGAUGAGUUGGACGUUCAUAGCCGAGCAAAGGAAGGAUAUAUGGGGCGCGUGGACUUUUUGAAUCGCGUAGAGGCGAAGAGAGAGGAAGACAGACGGAAUGUGAGAUUGAAGGGUGUGAAAUGAUCCUAUCUAUUAUCGACCAAACACUGGCUACCCAGCUGUUCAUGGCUAUCGUGGAUAACCGACAUUACGAUUCUUACGUCUCGCGGACUAUCGGAUUAGGUCCCAGUUCGGACAUCGAUCACUUCAGCAUAACCUGAUUUAACAAAGCAUGGCGCCCGAAGAUCAGGAACGAGGAUACGAAAUUGUUCCUCCUGUCAAAGUGGAAGAAUAGGGCUGUUGCAGAAAGGAUAGCAUGGGGAAAAAGAAAGACAGGAUGAAGAAGAUAAAAGAUCAUGUGCAGGAAGAAGAGGUGAAACCAAGAGUCUACAGCUCGCAAUAGAGAAGAAACCGCUCUCACAAGUAACGUAAGUAUCGCUAGUUGAUGAUAAAAGAGGUUGGUCGAGUUCAUGAUUAACAAACCGGCAUAGGUUCGCAUUCUCGACUCCAAACAUUAAAAUAAGCUCCAAACAAGUUUUAUGGAUGCCAUUUCCUCCUUGCAAUUGGUAUAGUCAAGGAGAAGAAUAUGUGACGGAGACAAUGAGGAACUCUCAGCCGUUUUAUACCCUAGCGACCAAGCUGCUGGCAGGGCAAAACUAGAGCAUCCCUUCUAGAAGAGUUACUACCGACAUAACCAUCAUUUUGAUAUGAUAUCCUCAGUGGGCUUGCCCUAGGUUAUCGCGAACUUGCACCACCAGCAAGCUCUCAAGGCCACAGUGAGAGGGACAACGUCACCAUAAGCAGCUUUGUGAGAACAGAGGGCUAAAACUGUGCAUUAUUUGAAGUCUUAACAAACAGGAGUGCUUUCCUCCUGCAAAACUAUACCAAGUUCUUUUGCUUUCCAAAUCUUAUCAACCAGCACCCUUCCCAGACUCGUGAAUUAGCCUGCUUAAGGGGUCAGUAUUGUGCAGAUGAAUAUUAACUACCUCCUUUUUUUUUCCUUUUU